AUGACCCCUGCAACUUCAUCCAUAUCAUCAUCGCUAAGACAAUCUACUAGUAUUGAAGAAGAUGAGGAAGAUAUUAGUUUCUUAGAAAGGUUCCCUCCAAAUAUCUUAUAUGAUAUCUACAUUCUUUCUAAACCUCGUAACAACUUACCGUUUGUCAAUAAGAGACUUUAUCAAAUAUUACAUUUCAAUCCAACUUACUCAGAGAUUGAAGAUAAAUGGGACAAUCUAUCAAUAAUUAUUCGAAUGAUACGAACUUGGUAUUUAGUGGAUUUAAAUACAAGACUUGACUUUGAUUUACUAGAAAGGAAGUUAAAUUACUAUGAAUCAUAUAUUGCUCAAAUCGAUCCUGAGGUUAUAGGAGUCGGAUUGGGACCUGAUAUGAUGAAGAUUGUCACAGACAAUUUACAAAAAAUACGGCAGUAUAUAUCUACUUGUCAAUUACCAUGUGUACGAUAUGCAUUAUCAGACGGGGUAUUAACGAAUAAUUUCAAUUCAGAAAAAUUAGUAUCAAUUUGUUUUAAUGAGGUGAUGAUACCAAAUUGUGGGAAUACCCUUUCAGGAGACUUUUUAGACAUAUUAACUUUGGAAGAAAUAGAUCGAGAGACGAAAUUUAGAUUAAGAGCAUUUAAGGUGAUGUUUCUGAGCAUAUCAUAUUGGCUCCAGAAAUUACAAGAUUCCAAUUAUGAAAUGCCGACUACGACAAUCGAAGGAUCGAACAUUCCGCAAUUUGAACUUAAAGAGACGAUAUUGGAAGGUAAUGAAGGUUUACCAGAAUACAAUAAGGAUGAUGAAGACAUAGACAUUAAGACUGAAAAUCUAUCAAACAAAUUCAAUGAACGGGAAUUGAAAGACUGUAUGUAUGAUAAAGGGAUUAAUUCACGAAGGAAAUUUGAAUUAGUGGUGAGUUUAAAUAAGAUUCAUCAUUUCACUUACGUUGAUGUUAACAGAGUAUUGGCCAAUACCUUUAGGAACUUACAAAAUAAAGAUUUUGAUACCACUGAUAUCUCACUAUGGGGGGUUACGAAAUUUUUGUUGAGUAAUGUCAGUUCUCUUGAAAUCAAGGGCAUACCACCGAUAGAUGAGGUGUUUAGACUUUAUGAUUAUUAUGAAAAUCGAGACUGUAGGUCUUAUGGAGUUAAUUACUUGGGACAAUCUAUUUCGGAGGAUAUUAUAGGUGCUUUGUUUAAUGUAUUGGAAAUUUAUGAUAAAUUGAAAUACCCAUUGGAUGAUUUAUGGCAAUGUGUCUUUGAUCUUAAGAAUCAUAGUCUUGCUCGAUUUUUAAUGAGCUAUAGUAAGAAUCCUAAUUUUAGUAUUUUACAAGAUAAUUGA